AUGGGUCAUGCUCCAGUCGACGUGCUUCGCAAGAUGGUCUCCAACAACAUGAUCAAAGAUGUGGGAGUACCUCUCAAGUCAAGUGGAUCAGGUACAUGUCGAGGAUGUCAGCAAGGGAAAAUGGUCCAAAAACCAUUCCCAAGCAAUCGUGACAAGCGAAGUUACGACACGUUUGAGCUACUUCAUCUGGACAUCUGCGGGCCCAUGGAAAAGGAUUCGCUCGGUGGCAGCAAAUAUUUGCUGCUGAUCAUCGACGAAGCCAGUGGAUGCAUGAAGGGCUUUUGUCUACGAGUGAAGUCCGAGAGUGAAGACUACAUCCGGAAAUAUAUCACCAUGGUACAGACGCAAUUCUGUAAGAAGGUCAAGUUCGUGCGACACGACGGAGCUCGCGAGUUUGCAACCAACUCGCUUCAACUGUUCUACGAAGACGAAGGCAUUGAACAGCAGACAACGGUGCCGUAUGCACAUCAAACAAACGGACCAACAGAGAGUGAUAUUAGAACUAUUGUCACGAUCGGCCGCAGCAUGCUUCAUCAUGCCAAACUGGACAAGUGUUUCUGGGCCGAAACAGCGAUGACGGCCAUCUACGUCAAGAAUCGACUGCCGUCACCUAAAGUCGUGCACAAGACCCCGUUUGAGAUCGUCUACAACUUGAAACCAAGCGUCAAGCACAUGCCAACAUUCGGGUGUCAGACAUACAUACUGACGCCUAAAGAGAAGCGACUCAAGUGGGAUCCCAAGGCUCGUGUUGUUGUCAGUCGGGAUGUCAACUUCGACGAGUCUACCUUUGGACUUCAACUGCCGAUCACUGAUGAAGAUGUCGAUGACCUGGACUUCGAAUUGCUGGAUCUUGAUGACAAAGAGCUGCGUCAAAUGGAGUACAAGCAAACAGGCAAGCACAAGAACCGACUCAAUGAUGAAGAUACAGCAGCUCCACGACCGCGUGCAGUGCGUCAACGACCAGGACUAGAAGAGUCAAGCGCGCCGGAAAACAACUCGUCACGCCAAGAAGAAGACGAAGAAACGAAGGAUUCUGGUGAUUCAACGCCGCCUGUGUUUUGGCGUGCGAGUGCAAAUGCCGUUGAAGCAGCAGUGGACUUAUCAGAGCCCUCAACAUUUGAAGCAGCAGUAAGCGGCCCUGACCAAGUGCACUGGAGAAAAGCAAUUCAUGCAGAGCUCGAGUCAAUGCGACGUCGCGGUGUGUUUCGUGCAGCCAAGCUGCCCUACGGACAACGCGCCAUUGGCACAAAAUGGGUGUUCAAGAUCAAGCGCAAGGCGGAUGGGUCAAUCGAGAAGUACAAGGCACGACUUGUGGCCAAGGGUUUCCGCCAAAAGUAUGGCAUCGACUACACGGAGACGUUUUCGCCUGUGGUGAAGUAUGUGACGCUGCGAAUGGUGAUCGCAAUUUCCAAGCAUUUUGGAUGGCCUAUCGACCAGCUUGAUGUGGUGACAGCUUUCCUGUAUGGCGUCAUGAAGGAACAAGUGUUCUGCGUGAUUCCUGAAGGCGUCGAACUUGACAGUACGUUCGACUGCCUGGAAUUGGUGAAGUCAAUUUACGGCCUCAAGCAAGCGUCGCGAGUGUGGAACGAGACGUUCGACGAGUAUGUGUGCUCCAUCGGAUUUCAAGUAUCGGACUUCGACCCAUGUCUCUACAUCAAGACUUCGGAUGGCCAUUGCGUGUUUAUACUGGUCUACGUGGACGACGUCUUGAUGACUGGAAGCUCGCUCGAGCUGAUUGCACAAACCAAGAACGACCUGAAGACGCGGUUCGAGAUGACGGACAGCGGCAAGUGUGCGUUUGUUCUUGGGAUCGAGCUUUUGGAAGGUGAAGAUGGCAGUGUGACACUAUGUCAGCGUCGGUAUGUCGAUGAUAUCCUCAAGCGCUUUGGCAUGGAUGAUUGCAAGGCUGUGUCAAGUCCAGUGGACAUGAGCUCUCGACUUAUUUCAAGCAAUGCAGCUACCAAGGUCGAUGCUCCUUUUCGCGAAGCUGUUGGUGCGUUGAUGCACCUGACCACUGCAACGCGUCCGGACAUUGCGUUUGCUGUGGGCUAUGUGUUGCGGUUCAUGGAAAAUCCCCAAGAAGAACACUGGGUUGCAGUUAAGCGUAUCUUUCGCUACCUACAAGGCACCAAGACGCAUGGAAUUUGCUACAAGCCAAGUGCAAGGAUCGACUUCCGUGGACAUUCGGAUGCGGAUUGGGCUGGUGAUCUUACCGACCGCAAGUCAACAUCGGGGUACACGUUCAUGCUACUCGGUGCGCCAGUGAGUCGGGGCAGCAAGAAGCAGCCAAGUGUUUCGUUGUCCACGACUGAAGCUGAAUACAUCGCACUCAGCUUGGCGAUUCAAGAGGGCAAGUGGAUUCAUCGUCUUCUUUGUGAGAUCGUGAUGGCUGCCAAUGAAGAAGGACAGGAACUCAUGAUUCAUGAAGACAAUCGGUCAUGUAUCAAGAUGACGAAGAACCCGGUCAACCACGGCCGUGCCAAGCACAUUGAUAUCAAGUACCAUCACAUCCGUGAUGAGGUCAAGCGCGGUGAAGUGAAGCUCAAGUACUGUGAAACUGCGGUGAUGUUAGCGGACAUCAUGACGAAGGGACUUCAUGGACCACGCCACAAGGAGAUGACGACGGCUCUCGGGAUUCGUGAGCAUUCGGAUUGA